AUCCAAUCAUGGGCACCCAUGGAGUCCAUAAUUAUGCACACUUAGCUCAGCCCUUUUAUGAGAAAGGAGUCGGCUUUUAACUAGGGUUUAUCAAAGCCAAAAUCUUCCAGUUUUCCUGUCUAUUCCAGCAGCAAAAAAGCCUUACUUUCAAUUCUUUCUUUGUUAAACAAUGGGGAAGAAACGAAAGCGCAGCGAAACCCAGACAGCUGAACCAACAAAGAAAGAUGAAGGAGCUCCAGAGAGACCAAAAAGGACACUUUUAGGUUGGAAAGACAAGGAAGAAGUUAAGAACCAAUCGGAGUCUAAUCCCGAUUCUUCCCAUUUUUUUAGAAACAAAGAGAAAGUUAUGGUAACAUGUUCUCGCCGUAUUAAUUACAGGUAUAGGCAUUUGAUGUUGAAUAUGGUUUCACUUUUGCCUCAUUGUAAGAAGGAUAACAAGGUAGAGUCAAGGAGUAGUAAAGGGGCUACCUUGAAUGAGCUUAUUGAGUUGAGGGGUUGUUCUUCCGCUCUGUUUUUUGAGUGUAGGAAACAUCAGGAUCUUUAUCUAUGGAUGGCAAAGUGUCCCAGUGGUCCAUCUGUGAAAUUUUUGGUUAAUGCCGUUCACACAAUGGAAGAACUGAAGCUCACUGGAAAUCAUUUGAAAGGUUCUCGUCCUUUGUUGACUUUCUCGGGUAAUUUCGAAAAAGAUGCUCAUUGGAAGCUUUUGAAGGAGAUGAUCACACAGAUAUUUGGAACUCCAAAAGAGCACAGGAAAUCUAAACCUUAUCAUGAUCAUGUCUUUGUUUUCUCCAUUGUUGAUGACCACAUAUGGUUCCGUAAUUACCAGAUAUCUGUUCCUCAUAAUGAAUCUGACAAAAUGAUUCGAGGGGGACUUGAUAAAAUGACCCUUGUUGAGGUUGGUCCAAGAUUUUGUUUGAAUCCAAUCAAGAUAUUUGCUGGCAGCUUUGGAGGUCCAACACUAUACGAGAAUCCUUUCUAUGUAUCACCAAACCAGAUCCGAGCUAUGGAGAAAAGGCAGAAGGCCGGGAAGUAUGCGAAGAAAGUCAAAGCUAAGACUAGGAGGAAAAUGCAUGAGCUAUCUAAUCCAUUGGAGCCUGAUGAAUUUGCAGAUAUGUGGAGGGAAUAAUGUAUCUCAAAGGGUUUUUUUUUUUUUUUUUUUUUUUUUUUUUUUUUCUGCAAGUAAAAAAAAUAAUUAUUCCCUAAAAUCGUUUUGUAUCCAGUUGGAAACGGCAGAUUAUGGUUAAUUUUUCUCUCUAAGCUUACUACACUAUUGCUUUAAUUCAAGUUCUUGGGCCCAACAUUUUA